GCAGCAUGCUGCGGUCCGGUUAUCUCGAGCCGCGUACGCUGGUAUUGGUGAGCACCGUCGUCGCGUAUCUAUGGGCCGACGCGCAAACAACAUUCACUUUAUGAUAAGCUGAUCAUCGCCCUGGGUCAGUGAGCAGUGGGAUUCUGUACGAUCAACAUCAUCAAGUGUGAGCACAACCAUGCAGGCCAGCGGCAAGGUGUCUGUGUCGAUUCUGGCGGGCAAUAUCGUAGGCCUCAGGGGCGCCCUCCCGAACGGGACCGAUUGGUACGUGUUCAAGGGCAUCCCGUACGCCGAACCUCCGGUAGGACCGCUUCGCUUUAAACCACCGGUAGAGCUGACAACCCUCGGUGCGGAUCCGCUCGAAUGUUUCACCGACGGCCCUAGCAGCUAUUCGGACGAUACGCGCUUCAAGCGCAUGUCGGAAGACUGUCUCUAUCUGAACGUGUACAGCCCCCAGCUGCAGCCGAAAACUCCGCUCCCGGUUAUGGUGUGGAUACACGGGGGUGGAUUCUAUUCCGGCACCGGUGACUCCGCCCUCUACGAACCACCGUACCUUGUGCAGCAGGGUGCAGUGGUGGUGUGCAUCAACUAUCGGCUCGGGCCGCUCGGAUUUCUUUCCCUACCGGCGGCUGGUAUCGCCGGCAACAUGGGCCUCAAGGACCAGCGGAUGAGCUUCCGGUGGGUGCAGCAAAACAUUGACCGAUUCGGGGGCGAUCCGAACAAUGUGACGAUUUUCGGCGAAAGUGCCGGUGGUGCCUCGGUCCAUCUGCACUAUCUGAGCGAAGGGUCGCGCAAGUAUUUCCACAAAGCGAUCGCGCAAAGCGGGACUGCCUUUAACGAGUGGGUAUGGCAACGUGACGCACCGGCACGGGCACGCAAGCUUGCCCGGCUGCUCGGUGCAGCGGAUGACUCGGACGAUGCCGUACUGGCGACGCUUAUGAGCGUUUCGGCCGAAACGAUGACCGCAGCCCAGAACCGAAGCAUGAACGAGCGUGAUCAAACCGUGCUGGUACGUUUUCCGUUUACGCCCGUAAUCGAGCCCAGUGGCGACGAAGACGCCAUCAUUACGGAACAUCCAUCGCGUGCGAUGGAAAGAGUGUUUCUCAAGGACAUUCCGCUCAUGCUGGGCAGUACGAACGAUGAAGGGUUAGUGCUGUGGUCACUGCUGUCCGAAAAGUUGUCCAGGUUCGAAAGCGAUCCGACCCUUCUGAUUCCGGCCACGCUGGCCGUACGCAGCGAGGAGGAUGUACGGUACGCUAGUGAGACGAUCGCGUCCUUUUUCUUUCACAAUCGUCCGGUGUCGGUGGAAACGAUGCGCAGCAUUACUACGGUGCUGGGCGACAAUUUGAACACCUUCCCGGGAUACGUUGCCACGGAACUGCACGCUCGCUACCAGCGUGCCCCGCUGUACAUGUACAUCUUUUCGCACCAGGGCGAGCUGAACAAAUAUCGCGAGGAGAUGAAGGUCCCAUCGGAUCAGAUCGGUGCCUGCCAUGCAGAUGACCUGUACUAUCUGUUUAGCUCGUCCCUUUACAACACGGAAGCGGUGCAAGAUCAUACCGAGACGGGCCGGUUCCGUGAGUAUUUCUGCAACCUGUGGGUUAACUUUGCACGGUUCGGCAAUCCGCACGCAACCAUCGUCGAUUGGACACCGGUCGAGCGGGUGACGGGUGACGAAACUGCAACCCACUUUUACCCGGCGGCAAUGAACAUCAAAGACAUUGGAGACUGCAAAAUGACAACCGAUUUCUUCUACGAGCGGUUCCAGUUUUGGAAGAAUCUCUACGACAAAUUUAAUGGUACGCAUCUGAUGCCGAAGGUGGAGUAACGGCUGGCAGGGUAGCACUCCACAACGAACGAACUAAAAAGGUCGGUCAGUUAAAAUAUUUACAAGAAUAUAUUUGUAAUCCCUGCUUCCAAAGAAAAAAAA